AUGUCAGAUUUAAACAACUUCUUUAUAAAGAAUAAAACAGCAAUUGUCCUUACUGCAUUAGCCGGAGCUUCUGCAAUUGGUGCUUAUUAUUAUUACACUCAACAACAACAACACCAAUCACCUUCUCAAGAUAAAUCAUCUGGUGAAGGUGCAACUGCUGCUCCAACCACUUCUAGUAAGAAGAAGAAUAAAAACAAAAAGAAGAAGUCUACCAGUCCAGAGACUUCCACCACCGCCACUGGCAAUGAAACCACCAAAGAUACUGAUGGUGAAACUGCUUCUCGUCCAAAAUAUCCAGUUGAUGAACAAGGUUUACCUGCUUUAACUGAAGAUAUAAUCAAUGGAUUAUCUGAACAAGAAAAAGAAGAUUGGGCUAUGCAAUUAAAAGAAGAUGGUAAUAAUGAAUUCAAAUCAAAGAAAUAUCAAAAAGCAAUUGAUUUCUAUACUGCUGCUUUAAAAUUAAAACAAGAUCCAAUUUAUUAUUCAAAUAGAUCUGCAUGUUAUGCUGCUUUAGAUGAUCAUUAUAAUGUUAUUAAGGAUACUACUGAAGCUAUUAAAUUAAAACCAGAUUAUACUAAAUGUGUUUUGAGAAGAGCUACAAGUUAUGAACAAGUUGAACAAUAUGAAAAUGCCAUGUUUGAUUUAACUGCUUUAACUAUUUAUGGAGGAUUUUCUAAUAAAUCAAUUGAACAAGUUUUAGAACGAGUUUUAAGAAAACAUUCAAUUAAAAUUGUUGAAUCAAAACCAAAGAAAUUGAAUUUACCAAGUGCUGCUACUAUUGGAUCAUUUUUCAAUGCAUUUGCUGAAGAAGUUAAUCCGGAAGGAAUUAAUCAAGAAAGUGAAGGUGGUGAUAAAUUCUUAUAUGAUGCUUUAGUUAAAAUUAAACAAAAUACUCAAGAUGGUUAUGAAGAAGCUGAUUCUUUAAUUAAUCAAGCUAUUGCCAGUUAUGAACAAGAACAAGAUAAAGAAGGUCCUUAUUCAAUUGCUAUGGAAUAUCUUGCUGCAUUCCAAUUCUUAAAGAAUGAUCCUGCUGGUGCUGCUACUUCAAUUGAAAAAGCAAUUGAAUUAAAACCAAGACCAAGAUCGUAUAUCUUUAGAGCUUUAAUUAAUGCUGAUAAAUCAUCUUAUCAAGAAGCUAAUGAAGAUUUUAAUCGUGCUAAAGAAAUGGAUCCAGAUUGUGCUGAUAUUUAUUAUCAUUUAGGUCAAUUAUAUUAUCUUACUGGUGAUUUAACUCAAGCUGAAACUAAUUUCAAUAAAGCCAAAGAAUUAAAUCCUGAUAAUGUAUAUGCUUAUAUUCAAUUAGCUUGUAUCACUUAUAAGAAUGGAUUAAGUGAACAAGCUAAUGAACGUUUUACUGAAGCUAAAUUGAAAUUCCCAACUUCUCCAGAAGUUCCAAAUUAUUAUGGUGAAAUUUUAAGUGAUAAAGGAGAUAUUCAAGCUGCAAUUAAACAAUUUGAAAUUGCUGCCAGAUUACAAGAAAAAUUGGAUAGAUUUUCAGUUGGUGCAUUACCAUUAAUAAAUCAAGCUACUUUAAUUUCACGAGAAUCUUUGGAAAGAAUUGAUGAAGCAGAAGAAUUAUUAAUUAAAGCUUGUGAAUUAGAUCCAAGAUCGGAAUUGGCCAGGAUUUCUUUAGCACAAAUUAAAUUACAAAAGGAUCAAGUUGAUGAUGCAAUUGUUUUAUUUGAAGAAUCUUCUGAUUUAGCUAGAAGUUUUGAAGAAAAAGUUCAAGCUACUUCAUUUGCUGAAGCUACUAAGAUGCAAAAGAGAAUUAAAAAUGAUCCAAUUUUGACUGCAAAAAUUGCUGAAUUAAUGAGACAAUCUGGUCAAUUUUAA